AUGAGCGACAAGAUCCCUUCGUGGAAUGUCGUCCACAAGCUGGAGAAGCGGAGCCUUCUCAUUGCCAUCAAUUGUGUUGCAGCGCUUUCAAUCCUCUUCUUCGGUUAUGAUCAGGGAAUGAUGUCCGGCGUCAACAACGCCAGUGACUAUAUCAGCUUGAUGAAAUUCGGGUAUACAAAGGAUGUGGACGGUGAGCCGACUCCCGUCGUCACGAAUUCACUGCUACAGGGUGGAAUCGUGGCCGUCUAUUAUCUGGGUACACUCGUCGGCGGACUUUUCGGUGGCUGGCUGGGAGAUCGCACGGGAAGAAUCAAGUCUAUCGCGGUUGGGGCAGCUUGGGCCACUGUCGGUGCGGCUCUGCAGUGCUCUGCACAGAACCACGACUGGAUGAUUUGUGCCCGGUUCAUCAACGGUAUCGGAACUGGUAUUCUAAAUGCCAUUGUUCCUGUCUGGGCCACCGAGACGGCUGAGCAUACCUCACGUGGACAGUUCAUUGCGAUCGAGUUCACUUUGAAUAUCUUCGGUGUCGUCUUGGCCUACUGGCUUGAAUUCGGCCUGUCGUUCAUCGACGGUGGGAAGUCCGCUUUCCGCUGGAGAUUCCCCAUCGCCUUCCAGAUCAUCUUCCUGUUGGUCCUUUUCGUGGCUGUUUGGUUCUUCCCCGAGUCUCCUCGAUGGCUGGUCAAAGUUGGUCGCGAGGACGAGGCUCGCUAUAUCCUGCAGCGUCUGCGCGGCAGUAGUCCGGAGGAUCGUGUGCGGGCAGAGGCCGAGUUCCAGGAUAUCUUGAAUAUUGCGGAAAUGGAGAAGACGGUUGUUCAUGGUGAUUCGUAUCUGUCAAUGUUGUUCGGCUACAAGUCUGGAGACUUGCACAUUGGCCGGCGCGUGCAACUAGUAGUCUGGUUGCAAAUCAUGCAGGAAUGGGUUGGCAUCGCAGGUGUUACCGUUUAUGCACCGACCAUCUUCAGUAUUGCUGGGUUUGACUCAACCAAGAGCCAGUGGAUUAGUGGCCUGAACAAUGUUUUCUACAUGUUUGCCACGCUUGUCUGUGUCUUUACCUUGGAUCGUAUCGGUCGUCGAUGGACCCUGUAUUGGGGCUCAGUUGUCCAGGGCAUUGCCAUGUUCCUUGCCGGCGGCUUCUCGCGUCUCGCCAUCAACGCUAAGGCGGCCGGCAACAUAAGCUCCGCCUCCUCGUACGGGGCUGCUGCCGCCUCGAUGAUCUUCAUCUUCACCUCGACCUUUGGUGCCACCUGGUUGACCGUGCCAUGGGUGUACCCCGCCGAGAUCUUCCCGCUGGCCGUCCGCGCCCGUGGCAAUGCUUGGGGUGUGGUUGGCUGGAGUAUCGGUAACGGAUGGCUGACUCUUCUGUGCCCCGUGAUGUUUGAGGCCAUUGGCGAGAAGACUCUGUAUGUGUUUGCUGCGAGCAACGUGAUCACAAUUCCUAUGGUCUGGGCUCUUUACCCGGAGAGUAAUCAGCGCACUCUAGAGGAUAUGGACCUCUUGUUUGCGGCCCCUACCCCUUGGACCUGGGAUGCCGAGAAAAACUUUGCGCGCCUGAAGGCCGAGAAUCCGGGGAUGGUCCAGAGUCUCAGUCGCAAGGGAAGCGUGAUGGAUCCCGAGACUGACACCACAGCUCUCCCCGCAGUGCUCGGUCCAGAUCUGAAAGGAAGUCCAUCAAAAGGCAUAAAACCAAGCUCAAACGCCACACUUCAAAAAUCCCUCCGUCGCAUCUCGCUCCACCCAACACUAACACCCUACCGUCGCCGUGUCUACCGCGCCCUCCUCUCCGUACCAGAAGGUCGUUGGACCACAUACUCCGCUAUGGCAACGUAUCUGAAUUCCAGCGCGCGGGCGGUGGGCAAUGCGAUGCGCACCAACCCCUUCGCGCCAGAGGUCCCGUGCCAUCGUGUGCUGGCGGCGGAUAGGUCGUUGGGGGGGUACAAGGGUGAGUGGAAAGUUAGCAAGCAUAUUACGAAUGGGUCUUUUAGCGAUGAGAAGAGGACGAGGCUUAAAGAAGAGGGGGUGUUUUUUGACGGAGAUGGGAAGGUUGGGGGUGUUUGUUUUAAGGAAUUUAGAGAUUUGGGGGCUAAGUGA